UUCGACAAAUUUCGGUUCAGUUUCUUAUCAUUGACAAAAACGUGAUUGUAAAAUCAGUUUCUUUUGAUCAAUAUUGUUCAUUCCGAAUUUUCAGGUAAUCAAUUUUACUUCAUUUCACGGUCUUAUUUUCGAAACUGAUAUUUUACCAUGUAGUUUUGUUUGGUAACCAUGACAAUGCUACGCGUUGCAAAUAUCAGAAAUGUUGAUCUGUUUUAUAGUUCUGUGGCACAGUACUGCAAAAACGUUCAAUUCAAAGUGAUGAAAGAGUGACAUUUAUUUUAAUUGAAGUAUUAUCAACUAUAUGAAUUACUUUUUUUUUACCAAUGUUGCGUUUGAAUAUUUGAUCGAAUCGUGCUCAAAAACGAAUCAUCUGCCAAAUCCUCCUCACUAACCGUAUUGUUCAAUCACCAGGAAGCGCUGUUUGAUAAGUUACUGGUAAACAUUUGAAUGAAUUUUUCAUGAAACAAUUUCGCAAUCAGUGUUUUGAUCAUCUUCAAGCACACAUAAUCGUUUACUCCACUCAGGGGCCAGUGGACGGCACGCUAUCUAAGCCAAGGCUGCCCACGCCCAUAGGAUACUCGCUACAGGGGCUAAUCUGCCGCGCAGGUGUCUAGCGAACGGCACAAUGUGAAGAUGACCAAGCAUGUUUCGUUGGUUGUGGAAGCAGCCAGCAGACCGGUUGGCCUAGUUCAAUGCCCUCCGCUUCGGUGACUGUUAUCAGACAACUGAAAGCGGUCCUUGGUCCCCGAUUGAUGGAAAACAGAAAACCCUUCGAGCUGCGCAAAGUACUGAUCGUGUACAACGCCAUCCAGGUCGCGUUCAGCACGUGGCUCUUCUAUGAGGCUUGUAUGGCGGGCUGGCUGACACACUAUAGUCUUCGCUGCCAGCCGGUGGACUAUUCCCGAUCGCCGCAGGCAAUGCGGAUGGCAUCCGGCUGCUGGUGGUACUUCUUCUCCAAAUUCACCGAGUUCUUCGACACGCUGUUCUUCGUGAUGCGAAAACGCUACGAUCAGGUCUCGACGCUGCACGUCAUCCACCACGGCAUCAUGCCAGUUUCGGUCUGGUGGGGAGUUAAGUUUAUCCCAGGUGGACACAGUUCGUUCUUUGGAUUGCUGAAUACCUUCGUGCACAUUAUCAUGUACUCCUACUACAUGCUGGCCGCGAUGGGUCCCAAGGUGCAGAAGUAUCUCUGGUGGAAGAAGUACCUGACACUGCUGCAGAUGGUUCAAUUCGUCCUGGUCAUGGUGCAUGCCUUCCAGCUGCUGAUCUGGAACGACUGCAAGUAUCCGGCCGCGUUUGCCUACUUCAUUGGAGCGCACGCUGUCAUGUUCUACUUCCUGUUCUCCAACUUCUACAAACAGGCUUACACAAAGCGACAGACAAAGAAGCAGGACAAGGAAGACAAACUGCUGCUGGCCAACGGAAAUCUGGAAUCGGAGCCCAACAAGAACAUCGACUCGUACCAAUCCUAUCAGACGACGACGACGCCAAACGGCAAAACCAGCUUCUACCAGGCCGUGGGCAGAACCGUCGAGGAUAGCUACUCGACCACGAGGCACCGUGUCUACGUUGGGUCGGUCAACAACUGAUCAGCGAAACCAAAAUUAACACCACCACUGCUAAGAUUCCAUAAACCGAAAAGAGGCAUUUUCUUCUUUCGGCGGUAGAUAUCACGAAGCGUAUCUACUCUGUAUAGAUAGAGAGAGAGGAGAGGGUCCAUCUGCUAGCUGAAAGCUACUAACCAACCAGCCCCUUUUUCGGUUAUUCUAAUCCGUGCGAGCAACUGCGAAAGAAGUGGGCAAUCGAACGGAACGGAAAAAGUACCUAGACGAAAAAAAAACUACGUACAGAAUUUGUGAUAAUUUGUUAAUCUGUCCCACGAGCCGAGCAAAACUGCCCAAUCUGUACAAAUUUUGCCACUCGGUUGCCCUGUGUGUUAUACAGACUGUAGAAUGCUUCUUGCGCAGAAGAAAAUUCUUUUCCCUUUCUUUCUAUUUUCCAUUGACAAUAAGUAUAGGCAUUAACCCUCCCUUGUAGCAUAUAGUAAUUUAACUAGCCAUUAAGCAGAAAUGAAAACGAGAACUGUAAAUAGCUUCUAGGUGUGAAAAUUUUAGCUGAUGGUUUGCUAGAAUUUUAAUAAGACCUGACUAAGACCUGCUAGAAAGUGAAUGCGUUUAAUGUUACACAAUAAGUGGUACUCAUUGGAUGCGAUGCGAGAACUCUUUAGGUCAAGUUAAAGGAAAAAAAUUAAAUAAUGAUAUACCACAUUUACGUCCUAAAAUCAGCAACAUACAGUUUUCUCUACGCCUAGAAAUAAAUCAGCCUAAGAGUGAAAGGGUGAUGAAUGAUUUUUUUUCCCGCGUGUAUGAAUGGCUAAUGUGCAAUAAAGU